GUUACACACACGCGCACUGCAGUCCCUUACAGCAACAUUUACAUGCUGGGACAAAGCCCAACAUAAUAUGUUAGUUAACUGAACAGGACUUCAAUGCAAGAAUAAUCAUAUCUGGACUUGGAGAGUGCCAUUUUAAGUUGUGUCCAGGAUGGAGCCAAUUUGUGCCAUGGGGGUCGCUGCCCGUUUGAGGAGCGAAUGGGAUCGAAAUGCGGGAUUGGGUCAGAACAACAUGGCCCUUAAGUUCUUAGGCCAAGAUUUUGAAACCUUGCGCACUCGCUGCCUUCAAAGCAGACGUCUGUUUGAGGAUGAAACAUUCCCAGCUCAGCAGUCUUCUUUAGGAUUCAAGGAAUUGGGCCCCGGUUCUGCCAAAACCAAAGGUGUUCGCUGGAUGAGGCCCACGGAGUUCUGCACUGACCCACACUUUAUCGUAGAUGGGGCCACACGCACAGACAUCUGCCAAGGAGCUCUAGGGGAUUGUUGGCUGCUGGCAGCCAUUGCGUGCCUUACCCUCAAUGAACCCUUGCUGCAUCGGGUUGUGCCUCAUGGCCAGAGCUUCCAUCAGCAAUAUGCUGGAAUCUUUCACUUCCAGUUUUGGCAGUUUGGGGACUGGGUGGAUGUGGUGAUUGAUGACCGUCUGCCUGUCAGAGACGGGAAGCUGCUUUUCGUUCACUCAGCGGAGGGAGCAGAGUUUUGGAGCGCCCUGGUGGAGAAGGCGUAUGCCAAGUUGAAUGGCUGCUAUGAGGCUCUGUCAGGAGGCUGCACGUCUGAGGGGUUUGAGGACUUCACCGGCGGAGUGACAGAGAUGUAUGAGCUGAAAAAAGCUCCAACGAACCUCUUCAGCAUCAUCAGAAGAGCUGUGGAGAGAGGCUCUCUCAUGGGCUGCUCCAUAGACAUUACAAGUUUCUUUGACAUGGAGGCGAUCACAUUUAAAAAACUAGUGAAAGGCCACGCAUACUCCGUCACUGGAGUGGAGGAGGUGAAGUACAGAGGAAAGCUCACAGAGCUGUUGCGCAUCAGAAACCCUUGGGGAGAGGUGGAGUGGACGGGACCCUGGAGUGACGAGUCAAGGGAAUGGCGUGAAAUUGACCAGUCUGUAAGGUCCCGUCUGCACAACUGCCAAGAGGAUGGAGAAUUCUGGAUGUCAUUCAGUGACUUCAUGCGAGAGUUCAGCAGACUGGAGAUCUGUAACCUGACGCCGGAUGCGCUACAAAGCAGCGAGGUGAAGAAGUGGAACACAGCCAUGUAUCCUGGUGAAUGGAGAAGAGGAAGCACUGCUGGCGGCUGCAGGAAUUAUCCAGCAACAUUUUGGAUCAAUCCCCAGUUUAAAGUAGUUUUGAAGGAGCCAGAUACUGAGAGUCCAGAAGACUGCACUUUUCUAGUGGCACUGAUGCAGAAGAAUCGCAGGAAGUUACGUAGAGAGGGCAAAGACAUGGAAACGAUUGGAUUUGCCAUUUAUGAGGUCCCUGACGAGUAUCUGGGCCGGGUGGGUGUGCAUCUGAAGCGGGAUUUUUUCCUAUCCCACACGUCCAGUGCUCGUUCCGAGCUCUUCAUCAACCUUCGAGAGGUGAGCUCUCGUUUCUGUCUGCCAGCGGGGGAAUAUAUCAUCGUCCCCUCCACCUUUGAGCCCCAGAAAGAAGGAGACUUUGUGCUGAGGGUCUUCUCAGAAAAGGCUGCCGACUCUCAUGAGCUAGAUGAUGAAAUUUCAGCAGAUGUACCAGAGGAGCCUGCGAUCCAGGAGAGUGACAUUGACGAGGGCUUCAAGGCGCUUUUUGCAAAGCUGGCAGGGCCGGAAAUGGAGAUCAAUGUGUUGAAACUCCAGAUGAUUCUGAACCGGGUUGUUGGCAAACAUAAAGAUAUAAAGACAGAUGGAUUUGACAAAGAAGCCUGUCGAGGCAUGAUAAAUCUUAUGGAUUCAACUGGCACUGCAAAGCUGGGAUUGACAGACUUCCAUGUGCUCUGGGAGAAGAUCAAACGAUAUCUUGAAGUGUUUAGGAAGUUUGACUUGGACAAGUCCGGCACAAUGAGCUCUUAUGAAAUGCGUCUGGCACUAGAAUCAGCAGGUUUCAAGUUGACCAACAACUUGUUCCAGCUGAUAAUCCUGCGCUACGCAAAAGCAGACCUCAACGUGGAUUUUGACAGCUUUGUGUCUUGUCUGAUCCGCCUGGAGACUAUGUUCAAAACAUUUAAAUCAAUGGACACUGAUGAAGAUGGAUUGGUAACCUUCAGCUUCACCCAGGUUGGUCUUAACUGGUCCUUAAAGGAGAAGUCCACUUCCAAAACAAAGAUUCACAUAUAAUGUACUCACUCCCUUUUCAUCCAAGAUGUUCAUGUCUUUCUUUAUUCAGUCGUAAAGAAAUUGUUUUUUGAGGAAAACAUUUCAGCAUUUUUCUUCAUGUAAUGGACUGAUAUGGUGCCCUGAUUUUGAACUUCCAAAAUGCAGUUUAAAUGCGGCUUCAAACGAUCCCAGCCGAGGAAGAAGGAUCUUAUCUAGCAAAAGAUCAGUUAUUUUCAUUAAAAAAAUACAAUUUAAAUGCUUUUUAAAUGCUCGUCUUGCCUUUCUCUCCCUGAACUCUCUGUAUUCUGGCUCAGGACAAUUAGGGUAUGUCGAAAAACUCUAAUCGUAUUUUCUCCCUCAACUUCAAAAAUCAUUUCAACAUCAUCCUACAUCGCUGCAGAAGUACC